AUGACAUCAAAAUAUACUGACAUGUUAGAUGAGGUAAAAUAUAUUAAUAAUCUUUUUAAAGAACGGGGUUAUGAUCAUGAUAUGAUGUUGGACAUUAACACAUAUGUUAUAAGUGAACAGGGGAAGAAGUAUGUACCUCUUUUGGACUUGAAUAUGAAACAGAAUUCUGAAAUGGAAGAUAAAACUGUCUCUACAACUAAAAAUGUUAACAACACUUAUAACAGAGCGUGUAUAAUCGAAUUUGGUCCCCAUAGUAAUUAUAUUAAAGGUAUUAUGAAUCGGAACUGGCAUAUAUUCCUAACAGAUCAAGCAACUGGGAAGACGUUGACUAAAAAAAUUAAGGAUGAAUUUCAAGAACUCUAUCACUUUCUCAAACAAGAGGAACAAGCCAUUCUUUCACAACUGAUGAGUGAGCAAGACAAAGUCCUGGAAGUACACAAGCGCAACAUAAGUCUUCUGUCACAGCAGCAAGAAAAACUUCAGACUCUAAUUACAGAAAGUGAAGAAGCACUAAAACUACAGGAUGCACUAUUUUUGAAAGCUAUCAGAAAGAUUAACAACAGUCAACAUCAGAGUUUUCAAAUUUCAGUUGAAUCACCAAAACUGAACCUUGCUGAGUUCCAGUUUCCUCUACAGUACCUUGUAUGGAGAAAGAUGAGGACACUAAUUAAUCCAGCUCACCUCAACCUCAAUCCUAAUACAGCAAAUUCCUUUCUAAUUCUUUCUGAAGACCAAACUUCUGUCAGACUGGGAACCAAGCAGGAUGUCUCUGAUAAUGCCGAACGGUUUGACUGCUAUCCUGCUGUUCUGAGUAUUCAAGGAUUCUUCUCAGGAAUACAUUACUGGGAAGUGGAAGUGUGUGAUGAAGAUGGAUGGUGUAUAGGAGUUGUGAAGGAAUCUGUGAAGAGGAAGGAGUAUAUCUUUGCAUCUCCAGAAAAUGGAUACUGGACUUUGGCAAGAAGAAACUGCAGUAAUUACUAUGCCGGUAUUUCACCUGUUGCUAUAAUGCAAGAAGUCAGGAGAAUCCUUGUCUAUCUGGAUUAUUCAGCAGGGCAGCUCUCGUUUUAUAAUGCUGACAACAUGUCGCAUCUAUACACUUACAGUGCCGUUUUAUUUAUUGAAACAAUAUAUCCUUUCUUUUUAACUUUUAAUAAAUGCAUUAAAAUUAUUUCUUCUGUGGUUACAAAAUAAUAUUUUAUACACAGUAACUGUAAGCGUUAUUAUCAUAAAAACAACAUACUUCCAUUUCUGGCCUUUUAUUUGCUCUUCUGCACUAAUUUCAAAAUGUAAUACUACUACUAUUUCUUACUAAAACCACUCAAAGAAAAAUAGCUAUAGAGCAGAAACAUCUCAGUUUUCUUUUCACUGUAUAUAAGGACACAAGUACAAAUACUGCGGUCAAAACACACAGUCUCU